AUUUCUCCCACAAGGCCAUGCGGCGGGGCCUCGGGUUUCUCUUUCCGCCAUCUUGGAGCCUGUGGAGGUCUGCAGGGAACAGGACUCCUAAAAGGCAAAUAUGUCUGGAAGGCUGUGGUCGAAGGCCAUUUUUGCUGGCUAUAAGCGGGGUCUCCGGAACCAAAGAGAGCACACAGCUCUUCUUAAAAUUGAAGGUGUUUAUGCCCGAGACGAAACUGAAUUCUAUUUGGGCAAGAGAUGUGCUUAUGUAUACAAAGCAAAGAACAACACAGUGACUCCUGGUGGCAAACCAAACAAAACCAGAGUAAUCUGGGGAAAGGUAACUCGGGCCCACGGAAACAGUGGCAUGGUUCGUGCCAAAUUCCGAAGCAACCUUCCUGCUAAGGCCAUUGGACACAGAAUCCGUGUGAUGCUGUACCCCUCAAGGAUUUAAACUAAUGAAAAGUAAAUAAAUAAAAGUGGAUUUGUGCUCUUGUA